CAGACCACCAAGGGGAGCGAGCCAGCCAAGGGAGCAAGCCGCCCUGGUCUGGCCGCUACUCUGCUCGUCUACCAAGUCACCUCGUAUUCACCUCCUUGGUCACAGGCUGAUCAGCACAGCAUGACGCACUUUGCUACCACGCCAGCAGGCAUAUAGCUACCACCGAGUAGCACACCACCAGAGCAGCGCCCUUGAGUGCAAAGGUCGGGCAGUGAUCGCCAGGGCCGAAAUUGACCUGGCCCGGUGCCUGGCAUUCGUCGGCCCGAACGCGCCAUGCCGCCGAGGCAGACGCUCAAGGUGACCAUUUACGCUGGCGCCGGUGAUGCUACAAGAGACUUCUCGCACGCUUCGAUACAGCGUUCAUCCUUGUGUGGCCUGCUCGCCGCAAGUGCCCUUUCACAGAACGGCUUCAGCGUCACGCUCGUUGGGCCGCAGGACAUCCAGAAAGGCGAAGGUAUCACGAUCUCUCUGACGAGUUCGCUCAGGAGGUUGCUCACUCGUCUGCACCUCCUCGCGGAUCAUGACGGUGAUGCGACGACGUUGGACCUGCAUGAUCUUCGUGCAAGGGUCCUGACGAAAGUGAAUGAAGAGGCCCAGCUCUUCAGGUACAUUGCAACCGACUCGCCCGCCUCCUUCGAGACGUCAUCUUCCGCUUCUUCCCCCACGCUCCUGCUGACGGACGGGACGAGUGUCAAGAACGAUGUUCUGCUGUGCUGCGAUCCAUCUCCCUCGCUACUCUCUUGCUGCGUUUCUCUGCCCUCUUCGCCCUCGCAGGUCGACGCACGCAGUCCUGUUCUCCUGUUUUACGAUGUGCCCUGGUCGGUCACUCAUCGAGCAAUCUUCGGUCCAGCAGCGUACAGCGUGGGAAACGAAGAACGCCAAAGUCCUUCCAGCUUCAGCGCUCUAGAUCUCUCGCAAUGGUUGCUGGAUGCUCUGAGCCUCUCCUUCGUCCUCACUCAAGCCGCCAUUCCUCACGCUGUAGGUGUGGCCCUGCAAGUCUAUUCCGAUGUCAGAAGGGAGCAUCUCAGGUCUCUAGCAGAGCUGACUGAGACGGGAGAGCGUCUGGACGAAGAGACGCUGGAGGGCUUCUUGGACAAGGACUGGCUCGCUGAGCUGGAGGAUUCCUGGAGCAGGAGGUAUUUGAGCAACAUCUGACACCCAGGGUCACGAUUGUAGCUGACAUUGCAAUGUAUAACAUUCCCUUUCAACUCUAUCCACCAAAAGCAUGUUCUUCCUAUUUCUCAGUAUUUCCCUACUUCAUCUUUACCUG